CUUUCCUCAUGACCCAAGCCACGUAUGACAUUAUCAUCGCGGGAGGUGGCACCUGUGGCUGUAUUAUCGCCGGACGUUUGGCCGCUGCCGAUCCUUCUCUCAGCAUACUGGUCAUCGAAUCUGGCCCACCCACCCGCGGCGACCCCCUCCACAUCCAACCCGCACACUACCUCCACCACCUGCGUCCAGACAGUACGACGGUCAAGUUCCAGGUCGGUAGGGAGAGCGCUGCGCUUGGCGGUCGCGCGCCCAUCGUGCCCUGCGGUCAGUGCUUGGGCGGCGGAUCGAGCGUGAACUUCACAAUGUAUACCCGCGCUUCGGCCUCCGAUUACGACGACUGGGAGAACGUAUACGGCAACCCAGGCUGGGGCUCCGCGGAUCUUCUCCCGCUGCUUCGCAAGUGCGAGACGUAUCAAGUCGAACCGGGAAAGCCCACGCACGGCUACUCCGGUCCGCUCAAGAUCUCGCAGGGCGGGUUCUUCACCGAAACGGGGAAGGAGUUCCUUGAUGUCGCGGCGCAGUACGACAAGACGCGUGGUCAGACGGACGAUGUGAAUGGCUUGUUCGAGUGCGACAAGUAUGGCGUGGCUAGAACAAUUACUUGCAGAUGGAUAGAUGCGAAGACCGGGACGCGCUCGGACGUUCCGCAUCAUUACAUCUACAACCAGGACUUCCGGGAAGACCAAGUCCGGAUUCUCACCGGGUAUGAUGUGAAGAAGAUUCUCUUCGAAGGGAAACGCGCAGUGGGUGUGGAGUACAUUGCGAACAGCCGCUUCAAUCCCGAUGCCAAACCGGAGGUACUUACGGCCACAGCACGGCGGUUGGUCGUCAUCUCUGCUGGGGCGUUCGGAUCACCUGCCAUUCUCGAGCGCUCUGGCGUAGGCUCCAAAGAAGCGCUUGCGAAGGUAGGAGUCGAGCAGAUCAUCGAUCUGCCUGGGGUGGGCGAGAGUUAUCAAGACCACCAGGUUAUCUUCGGUCCAUAUGUUGCGGCGGACGACGUUCACACCCUGGAUGGUAUUGUGACCGAUGACAAGGCGGAGAUCGCGAAAUGGACGAAAGAGUGGAAGGAGACGGGCAGCGGGUUGAUAGCUCACAACGGCCUCGAUGCUGGUGUGAAAAUGCGCCCCAAUGAGGCUGAACUGAGCCAACUGGGGGAGAAGUUCCGCCAGCGUUGGCAGGAGUUCUACGUCCCGGCUCCGGACAAACCUGUGCUCUGGAUGGGGACGAUGUCGAUGUUCCUGGGCGACCGCUCUCAAUCAUCAGUCAAGAAAGGCUAUAGCAUUGGGUGGUAUAUCCAAUAUCCCAUGUCCCUCGGACACGUUCACAUCACGUCCGCGGAUGAUGUGCAGUCCCCGCUGGACUUCCAUCCCGGGUACCUGGACUCGCCCGAAGAGAUGACCUUGCACAAGUGGGGUUACAAGCGCUCUCGCGAGUUCGCUCGCCGCCUGCCGUCGUACCGGGGUGAGGUCGUAGCAAGCCACCCGGUAUUCGCGCCUUCGAGCAAAGCAGCUACUGGGCCGAGAAGUGGACCCGUACCUGUGACCGCACCCGACAUCGAGUACACCGCCGAGGAUGAGGUGGCACUCGAAGCGUUUAUAAGACGGGUUGUGGCCACCGCAUGGCACUCCAUCGGGACGUGUGCCAUGAAGAAGCGCGAGGACGGCGGCGUUGUAGAUUCGAAGCUGAACGUAUAUGGCGUGGAAGGCCUGAAAGUCACGGACGCAUCUAUCUGUCCCGGGAACGUCGGCGCGAACGUGUACUCUACCGCGGUGCUCAUCGGGGAGAAGGCAGCGAUGAUCAUUGCAGAGGAGUUGGGCAUCACUUUGCAGGACGAUUAGGUCAACUCUUUCCCUAGCAAGCCGAUGUUCCCCUUCU